GCGGGUUUCCCAGGUUUUAGUAGUGGGACCAUUCUUCUGAUUUUUCAAAUUUCGGAUAUUUUAAGAUUGGUCAGCGAAAGGGUGAGAACCUUGGAGAGGAAUUCUACUCCGAUUGGACCUAGAUGUUUUGACAUCAAAGAAUUACUUCCGUCUGGGCCAAUGCGAUAGCUCACGAACCAGUGGAGAGAUUGCAGGACUUCAAGUGCUCUAGCCAUUUCCAUCCGCUUAUGGUUGUUUACAAGUUGUUGAAUCUCCAAAUUAACAUCCCUUAUGCGGGGAUCACAGAGAUCGAGCUGGCGCAAGGUGUCGCGCUCAUUUGGUAAAACUGCCGCUUCAGUCGGGAAUUUGGGGCGAAUAUUCGAAAUUCUUCCGGCUGGUAUGAAGGGAGCAGUAGCAGCGACGAUACCUUGUGGAAUUGACAUUACUUUAGUUUAGUAUUAUUAUAUCCUUCCAAUAUGAUACACGGAGUAUAGUGGUUUUGUUCGCGUUGCAGUUUUUUAUAACAGCUAAAAAUAAUAGAGAUUCCGCGAAUUUAACCCUUUUUUACUUAUUGAAAUGUGAAAUUGUGCAAACUUUUACAUGGUCUUAUUUAAACUCGUAACUUCUUUAAAUUCGUUCUUAUUAAAUAUUAUAUUUUUGAAAAUUUUGAUUGAUUAACAGACUUUUUCCCCCCACUCCGAUUUUAGUAAAAGGUGAGGACUUGUGCACAAGCAAUAACACGCAUGAAUUUAAAACGUUUUGUAUUAAUAUUUAAUUGAUUGGUACUUUUUCGGUGUAACUUUCAGCAGGUUUUUUGGUGCUUACAAAAACAAUAAAGUUUGCAUAGUAAAGUUAGUAUAAGCUACUAAAUUUUAAAUGCAAUUGAAUGAGCGCAGGUGUCGGCGCCGUUGUUUUACCAAAGUAGUCGCUCGCUAUAAAAAUGUUGUGUCUAUUCAAUAGCGCAUCAUUUUGAGUAAUGUUCGAUUUGGUUAAAGGUCGUGGUCGCAACGUGUUCGCUUCACGUGAUGCAGUUAUUUAUCUGUUCAAUACAUUUCGAUUUGUGGGUCUGAAUCCACCGCCGCAAUGCCGGUUUUUGUACUACUUCUAUAGCGGUAUCAUUACGCUUUUUGUCGUCUUGCUUUCACCGAUCAUCUUCAACGUUGGCUGGAUACGCGAUAGAAAUGUCUUAUCGGUAAUGGAAAUCCUCAAUUGUGUACAAGCGGCGCUCAAUGUGGUCGGUGUGCCAAUUAAGAGCAUCACAUUGGCCAUGUCAUUGGGACGUUUACGCAGCGUUGAGCCGUUAUUGUCGAAAUUAGAUGCACGCUACACCGAACCCGAGGAUGUGGCUAAGAUACGAAGCUGCGCAAUCAUUGGCAAUCGCAUCGUAUUCGGCUACAUUAUUUCAUACAUGAUGUACGAAACAUUGACUGUGGUUUCGGCACUGUUGGGUGGCCAUGCGCCACUCACCUUGUGGAUACCAUACGUGGACUGGCAUCGUUCGAUGUGGGAGUAUUGGCUACAAGUUACAUUCGAUGGCGCUAUGCUCUUCUUUCUACUAUUCCACCAAAUCCUGAAUGACUCGUAUCCGGCUGUCUAUAUCUAUAUUAUACGCACACAUGUGCAGUUGUUGUCGAAUCGCGUCAAGCGCUUAGGGACUGCAAAUAAAAGCCAGGACGAGACAUAUCACGAGCUGCAGGAUUGCAUUGUAACGCAUCAGGAGAUAUUAAGAUUGGUGCGCGUGGUGGAACCAAUUAUAUCUUUAACGCUGUUUGUUCAGUUCUUCAUCGCUGCAGCUAUCUUAGGCACGACCAUGAUAAAUAUAUUCAUUUUUGCCGAUUUCGCCACCAGAAUUGCUUCGCUCACUUAUCUGUUUUGUGUGCUGCUGCAAACAUCGCCGACCUGCUACUACGCCACUCACUUGCAGUCGGAUUGCCAGGACCUUACCAUGUCGAUUUUCCACAGUAAUUGGCUUGCGCAGGGAAAGCGGUUCAACACAUUACUGCUAUAUUUUUUGCAUCGCUCACAGGCGGACAUACCCUUGUUCGCUUUGAAAUUGAUACCAAUAAAUUUGUCCACUAGUGUGUCGGUAAGUUGGAAGCCAUGUUUUAGAAUGCGUUAUCGCGGCUAUAUAUUCUUUUCAUGUUUUCAGAUAGCUAAGUUUUCAUUUACUCUCUAUACAUUCAUACAAAAAAUGGGAGUAGGCAAAAAUCUGAAGUAACAAUGAAUACAAAUAUACGUCUAAACGCUAAAUAAGUUUGAAUAAAGUUCUUAAAAAAACACAAAAAAUGGUUGGAACUUUUUCUAAGUUGUAUUUUGGUUGUAUUUCAAAUAUAACUCGGUAUAUAUCUACUCUCUCUUUCGAUAUAUUGAUUAGAUUAAUUUUAUCCCCAACUUCAACUUCAUCACCACCUAUUUCUGAAGAUCAAAUCGGUUUAAAUUAAACAGUUUUAUACCACUCGUUAUCUCAUAUUUUUAACAAAAAUUCAGUGUUAUUAUAAAUUACAGUUGCUAUUGAGAGAGAUACAUCACUAUAGCGAUCUUUCAACUUUUUGAUACAAAUUUUGUUGUUCUAUUGCUUCCAAAUAAGUCUCAAUCUCUAAAGAACCUUGUAUCAUCUACUUGUAUUUGGGGAGAAAUUUUCUACUUUUUGAGAAGCGGAUGUGUCUCAGUUUAGCUCAACAUAAGUCCUUUCUCACUUGUAUAUAGACACAUGUACAUAUGUUCUUAUUUCCUGCCUACAUCGUCGAACGUUUAAUUUAACAAAAACUGAGGCGGAGAUUCUUUCAAGCAAGCCUAAUGUCAUAAUGUGUGCUCAGAAACGCAUUUGAUACAUAUGCUUCCGGCUGGUUUCCUCACAAAUUCAGCAAUUAGUCCAUGCAAAUUACUUUAUGCAAUGUUUUUGCAUCAAGCAUCUGACAUGGCGGCGUAGAUACAAUCUGUGAAUAUAAAUGAAAAUGGCUAAAGCUACUAGGUAUAAUUAUUUGGUUUGAGGUGAUUGCACUGCUUCUACUUGAUUUUAGUAUUUGUGGCGAUAUAAACCAAUUUAGCUACUAGUUGAAACAUGGGCAUUCACUUAGAAAGGCGAAUGUGUAAAUAGCAUGAAGCAAUUCUUAUUGCACCACAACUGAGUGCCGUUUAGCCCAUCAAAAUUUGAUUUUAUGUGGUUAGAAGAAGUUAUGUAUGUCUUUGAACAAAAAGUACUUUUGUGAUUUUUGGUUUUUGUUUUUUUUGGAAUUAAUUUCAAAAACAUAUACAUACAUACAUAUAACCCGAAUAUGAAAUCUUUAUGGUUUUAUAGUGAAACUUUGUGAUGCCGAAGAUUAAAAAAUAUAAAAACUAAAUAUCCUUAAAGUAUUAUUUCUUGUAAAAAGGGAAAUGAUAUUUAAAAAAGCCUGAAACGUUCUAGUAAAAGAGUGUUCCUAAAAAUCCCUGUUUUGUUACUUUAUGUUUUAAGGAGCUAUACCAGUGCAACCCAAAAAAAUUAGGCGAUUUUCGCCAGUUUUUUUUUUAAGAAAGUACUCGAUCGCAUGUUUCUAAGUUUUUUGGACAUAAUAAGUCAUAUUUUCUGCUAUAUUUUAAGAUUAUUUUUUAACAAUAAUAUUGAAAAAUAACGGAGUUAUGUGCUGUCUUCGGAGGUGCCAAAAAAAGUUCCCCAACUGCGGACAUGAUUCCAGCCGAAUAAGUAGCUGAAACAAAAAUAUUCAAAAAGGUUAUUAAAGUUGAAGGUAUUUCCUAUACCUAAAGGCUAUUAAAGUUGAAGGUAUUUCCUAUUCCUACGAUGAAUUUUGAAUAUAUCAAAAUUUAAAAAACGGCAUAGUUCUGAAAAAAAUGUCGUUCUUUUCGGUAAAAAAUGGUCGAUUUCUUAAUGCCAAAUUGACAAUUUUCAACCAAUCAAAAAGAUCGUAGGUCAUUGAAUAUUAAAUGUAUUCAAGCAUACUUAGUUUCAAUUUGAAGUCGAUCGGUAAAUUUCUCCUAGAAUUAUGAUGUGAGUAAUUUUGAAAAAUGUCGUUUCGAGAAAACGCGUUUAAAAUUUCAACUAUCGAUUUCUGAUAUAUAAAAACAAAACAACCGUAAAAAUUGCGGUUGCUUUUUGGAACGCUGUCAUUCGAAAAUGAUUUUUUGAAAGUGUCACACUGGUAUAGGCCCUCAAUUGAUUACAAUACAUUAUUAUUUUAAAAGACUGGUUAUUAAAUCAUAACGCCAAAGCAGUCGAAAUGGAUUUUAAAAUCAUUUGAUUAUGGACCUAAACAAAAAUAUGAGAAGCAAAGGUCUGCUGGUAUCAGCAGUGCUAGAAACCGAAAGAAACAUUUCAUUUGUAAAACUGAUGCAGUAAAUUUUAUUCUGUCCCUAAAGAAUAUUAAAAUACCAAAUAAUAAAAAAUAUUACUAAAAUAAAAACAUAAAAUCUAGGUACAAUAUUUCUGAAGUGACACAAUUUAGUUUAUUAAUUUGUAAUUAAUUACUUUGCAUCUCGCUUGUUUCCAUUCAAUUUGGUUCAAUAUUUUUGCAAUAUCUUUUAAGGUUUAUAAAAAGUUGUUCAUAUGCCCAGGUGCACUAAUGCUGCACUCCGCGAUAAUAAGCCAAGUGAUAUAUAACCAUUUAUUACAGCCAACAAGUAUAUACAUAGAUAAAGUUGUAGACACGAACAUAUUCAGAAUAACGUAAAUAAUCGAUUUAAUUAUACCAUACUAACCACGACGCGUCGUGUAACUACAAACUAAGAAUACAUAUACAUAUGUAUGUGCAUAUGUUCCUUGGUGCUAUAGAUAGCUAAUGCAAUGCUAUUAUUCAGUAGUAUUUGGAUGGAUCGAUAAAUGUAUGUACUUUGAUCUCGAAAUUUUUAUACUCUCGCAACAAAUGUUGCUAAAGAGAGUAUUAUAGUUUUGUUCACAUAACGGUUGUUUGUAACACCCAAAAAUAAAAGGAGUUAGAUAUAGGGCUAUAUAUACCAAAGUGAUCAGGGUGAAGAGUGGAGUUCAAAUCCGAAUGUCUGUCUGUCCGUCCGUCCGUCCGUCUGUGCAAGCUGUAACUUGAGUAAAAAUUAAGAUAUCUUGAUGAAACUUGGCACACUUAUUUCUUGGUACCAUAGGAAGGUUGCUUUCGAAAAUGCAAAAUCGGACCACUGCCACGCCCACAAAAUGGCGAAAACCUAAAACACAUAAAGUACCAUAACUAAGCCAUAAAUAAAGCUAUGGAAAAAAAUUUGGCAUGAAGGAUCGUACUAUGAAGGGGCAUAUUUGGAUGUAAUUGGGGAAGUGGGCGUGGCCUUGCCCCCUACUAAGUUUUUUAUACAUAUCUCGCAAACCAAUAGAGCUAUAUAAACCAAACUUUCUGCAGUCGUUUUUUUUAGCCACUUCCUAAUACAGUCCAAAAACGAAAGAAAUCGGAUAAUAACCACGCCCACCUCCCAUACAAAAGUUAGGUUGAAAAUUACUAAAAGUGGGUUAACUCACUAACGAAAAACGUCAGAAACACUAAAUUUCACAUAAAAAAUGGCAGAUGGAAGCUGCACUCAGAUUGUGUAUUAUAUAAUAUAAACAAGUAAGGAAAGGCUAAGUUCGGGUGCAACCGAACAUUUUAUACUCUCGCAAUUUAUUGAAGAAAUUUAACCAAUACAUAUAUGCGGAAUAAAGCUCACCUUAUUUUUGAAAAACCUAUAAUUAGGUAUAUGGGAGCUAGGAAAAGACACUUUUGAAAAACCUACAAUGAGGUAUAUGGAAAUGUUAUGUCCCGAUUUUAAUAAUUUUUGGAACAGAGACACACUAUUAGAAGAAAACAAUUUCCUCUGAAUUAAAUUGAGAUAUCUGAGAGACUUACCCAUAUUUUCGGUUAAAAUUUAUCCUUAGGCGCUGAGUUCAACAUGUUCGAUAUCUGGGGCCUUGAAAAGUUAUGGUCCGUUUUUGACAAUUUUUGCACAAGUGAAGCCAGAGAUGAUAUGCACUAAUUGUGUAAAGUUUUAUUCCGUUAUCUUCAUUGGUUCCUUAUGUUUACAUUAUAAAGUGAAGGAAUAAGAUGGAUUUCAAAAUUGAGUUAUAAGGAAAGUAGUAGUGGUUGUGAACCGAUUCGCCCAUUUUUUGUCCGUGUUAUCAGGGUGUCAAGAAAAUAUUUUAUACCGAAUUUCAUUCGAAUCGGUCGAGUAGUUCCUGAGAUAUGGUUUAUGACCCAUAAGUGGGCGAUGCCACGCCCAUUUUCCAUUUUGUAAAAAAAUCUGAGUACAGUUCCCAUCUGCUAUUUCUUCUGCAAAAUUUAGUGUUUCUGGCGUUUCUCGUUAGUGGCGUUUCUCGUUAUCAACUUUUGUUGCGAGAGUAUAAUAAAGUUAAAUAAAUAAAUUGCGAGAGUAUAAAAUGUUCGGUUACACCCGAACUUAGCCCUUCCUUAUUUGUUAGACUAUAUAAUUGUAUUAUUUCAACUUUCGAGCGUAUUCAAAGGUUUUGGUCAGCACAUCCCAAAAAUAUACAGUGGAACUUCUCUAAUUCGAAUCACCAUAAUCCACAAAAAAACUUCGAGAAAUUUUCAUUAAAACAUAAAUUUUUCAAAAAGCCAUAAAAUAUAGAUUUAUACACAGUUUUAGUUAUUUACUUCGCAAAAAGUAUUAUUUAAAUACAUUAAAACAUGUAUUUUGUAAUUUUGUUUGUCAUUUAAUAUCAUAUUUUUUGUUCGCCUCCAUACAUAUAUGGGGACUCCUUUAAAAUUGUUCCUUGAUAUAAAUAAAGUAAUAAAUUUUGUAUUAUGCCAUGAUCGAAAAGUUCGAUUUAUAGAAGGCAAUUUGUAUGAAAUUAGACUUCUAUUGCCCAUUCAAAAGUUCGAGCAUGUCAAGAAAAAAAGGUGCUUGAUUUAAAAUUUGCUAAGUUUUACCAUCUGGUCGGUAGGAGAUCCACGCUUUCAAUCGCAAACAAGCUGUUUAUAUAUAAUCAAGUACUAAAGCCAAUUUAGGCCUAUGGAGCUCAAAUAUGGGGUUGCUCAACUCGAAACUGUAUUGCCUGCAUUCAGCGCUUCCAAAAUAAGGUACUAAGAAGUAUAGUUAAUGCUCCUUGGUAUAUUAGAUCUGCUGACCUUCACCGUGAUCUUGGUGUGAAUUCAGUAGUAAACAAAAUAACCAAACUUGCAAAGACUCACGAAAUGAGGCUUAGACAGCAUGUAAAUGAAGAGCAUCCAAACUCAUCGGUACUGCUGAACGAGAAAACCGACUGAAACGUAAGAGAAUACAAAAUUGCAAAAUAUUUCUGAGUAUGCAGGUUUGUUAUUAUUAAUGUAUGCGAUAUAAAUAAAAAAAUUAACAAAUUUCAAAAUAUUUUUUAAACUAUAAAACAGUAAACAAGUUUAGGCUAAUAGUAAAUAUUUAUAUGUGCAUUUUACUAUUUUUGACAGUAACGCCUAUACAUUUGAGUUUAACUGAAAGAAAUUUUUAUUUUAAUAGUCAGUAGAAUUGUCCUUAUAUUUUAAAACUAAAUUAAGCCGCUUAAUCAGAGAAUUAACUACUGACUGUAGAAUAGUUAUGUAAAUAUUGGCAAAUUCUUGCUUUAUGGCUAAUUUAAGGUGACGUACUGUCUCAAACUGCUUUCCGUUUUGGAAAACCGGAACGGUUCCGAUGUCGCUUUGGUCUAGAGCCAUUAUUAU